UUGCCAUCUGAAUAUUUGAACACUGACUGUGAAUUUACGGUUUUUUUAACGUAUGAUUUCAACUCACUGAAGCCUUCUUACUCUCAAGAGCUGAAUUUGCCUUUACUUUACUGUCAGUCGCCUUCGCGUCUGUGCUGUUCAUCCGAAAAUCGCCCAGCUGAUUGUUUCUUCAUGCAGCAAGCCGGUAAUCGAUGCAUGCUUCUUAUAAAAGAAAGUAAUGAGCCCAAUACAGUGAUAGGCGGUAUACCGCUGCAUCGGGAAUAUUGCGUUGUUUAUGAUGCGAAAAAUCUGAAGAUUGGUUUUGCCUCUCCAUUGGUCAGCAGCGGUGAUUCUUUCAACGGUGAUCAGCAGUGGGUAGAUGUUUGA